CAGAAACCUUGCUUUCACUGUAACCGGGACCAGAGUAGAGUCGUUAAAGUGCAUCCCGGACUGACCUCAUGAUGGAGGCGGACAGUUGUUUAUCUUUCUCUUCGCAGCCAAACCGGACAACACUGAAUAGCUCUCCCGGUUUGGAUCAGAAUAGUUCUGGAGGUUCGUUCCUUCCCUGCGAUGAACUACAGAAAAGUACACAUCUUCCUCUCGCUCACCGUCUGAGUCUCCGGGAUCAGGGUGACUUCUACAGCUCAAGCUCCAUGGGACGGUUUAACGACGGCGCGCCCGCGGACUUUACGCACGGGGCAGCCUCCACGAAUCCUCGCGCCUUGCCCAACAAACACAGCAAAUACAUGGAAAAUAUUAAUCAGGACCAAAAGGUUUUAUCAGUAAGCGGGAAGGGCUCGUUUUAUGACAAUUACUCGGAGGCCAGAGAGAAGGCGGGUCCCAAGCCCAUGGGCUAUCCCGUGAUUGGCUCAGACUGCUGCAUCAAGCUGAAGGAGCCAACCAACGGUCUCCAACCAGGGGACUCCAUAGCAGACUCCAUCGACCUAUCGGGCAAGAACAAGAAACGUCGUAACCGCACCACGUUCAGUACCUUCCAGUUGGAGGAGCUGGAGAAAGUGUUUCAGAAGACUCACUACCCUGACGUUUACGCCCGGGAACAGCUGGCCCUCAGGACCGAACUCACAGAGGCCCGUGUACAGGUGUGGUUCCAGAACCGCCGGGCCAAGUGGAGGAAGAGAGAACGCUAUGGGAAGAUCCAGGAGGUGCGAAACCACUUUGCUGCUACGUAUGAUAUCUCUACGUACCAGAUGCAGAGCAACCUGUGGCCAGGUGCAGGAGGGGGGUCCGGCGGGGGCUGUGUCCUGGGCCCUGACACCAUGUCUUCCUCCUGUAUGAGCCCUUACCCCCAUCCCCACAGCAACCUCCCCUCUGUGGGCUUCAUGGGCAUGCCCCCGUCCUCCAGCCACCCACACCACCCUCACCAUCACCCCCAACACCACCCUGGCAUCAACGGCCUCUACUCCCUCCACAGCUUCCCUGGGGCCCUCGGGGGCCACUCCUUUGAGCCGGGGCCCGAGACAGAGUAUAAGUCAUCCAGUCUGUUGGCCAUGCGGAUGAAGGCUAAGGACCCUGGGAGUCUUCUAUCCAGGCCUACAUGACCACCACAGUGUCAGGGUCAGAUCCCUACUAUGUAUUGACUGAGCUAAUGCAUUCACACACACAUUCAAACUCAAUCUUGUAUGCUAGCAACCCGAUGGAUAGUUAUGGCCACAUGUAUUUGUGUUCCUGCAUGUUGAAAUGACAGCAGAAGUCAAAACUCUACACGCAUGCACGCACACAUACACACACACACACACACACACACACACACACACACACACACACACACAC